AUGGCCGACCAAACUGUGAUAACCAGCUAUUUACAGCAAGAUAUCGCAACCAAGAAACCUCCGUCGUGGAAAAGCUAUCUUUGGGAUUCAUUGGAUCUCCCGAAAGAGGAACGGUGGCUACUGUUCAAACUAGAUGCGUGUGUACUCACGUUCUCAUCAAUUGGCUAUUUUCUCAAGUACCUCGACUUGAACAAUGUUACAAAUGCCUUUCUCAGCGGUAUGGAGGAGGAUUUAGAAAUGUACGGAAAUCAACUAGUCACCAGCACUACCAUAUUCACAGUUGGAUAUGUGAUUGGGCAAGUGCCGUUCAACCUAUUAUUGACCCGCGUAUCGCCCCGUUGGGUUAUUCCCACUCUGGAGGUGGGUUGGGGUAUUGCAGUGAUUUGCAUGUCUAGUGUGAAGUCUUACCAGGCCCUUUAUGCCCUCCGGUUCUUGGUGGGGAUUUUCGAAUCAGGCUUCUACCCUGGCAUACAUUAUAUGCUGGGAUCGUGGUACAAACCGGCGGAGAUUGGCAAACGUGCCAUGAUCUUUUGGCUUGCAGGAUCAAUCGGUCAAUUAUUUAGCGGCUUCCUACAGUCAGCUGCUUAUACAAAUCUUGACGGGGUAUACGGACGUGCGGGCUGGAGAUGGCUCUUUAUCAUUGAUGGCAUCAUCACAUUUCCACUGGCAGUAGCAGGAUACUUCUUCUUUCCCAACUUACCACACAGUGGUAUAAAGACUUGGUAUAUUACUGAAGAGGAACAUGAGCUUUCAAUCCAGAGGAUGAAAUCCAUCGGACGAGCAGGCAAGGCGCCUUGGACGAAGGCCAAAGUGAAAGCACUGUUCACAAGCUGGCACACGUACCUUUUACCUCUUUUGUACAUUAUAUGGAAUAAUGGAGGACCUCAACCGGCCAUGGGAUACUGGCUGAAGAGCUUCAAUAAGGAACCUCCACCGGUCCCAGGAACUCAUUAUUCUGUAUCACAAAUCAACAACUUACCCAAUGUCACAACUGGGAUCUUCAUUGUCAUGGCUCUGAUCUGGGCCUGGCUUUCUGAUGGACCGUUCCGUGGAGCGCGAUGGCCAUUCGUAUACGCUGGUGCAGUCAUAACUAUAAUUGGUCUCGAUCAGCUGAUAUUCUCCAUUCUCUUGCGCCAAAUGCCACUCUAUGAAAAUAUUCACGGACGCACGGUGGUAUAUUGGCUUGGUAAUAUUGGCCAAGGAGCCGGUCCACUAAUACUUACUUGGACGAAUGAAAUUUGUUCCGCCGACACAGAGAAAAGAGCCCUCACUGUUGCACUGGCAAAUGACCUUGCAUACGUCGUACAGGCAAUUGCCCCCAAUUUUGUUUGGAAAACCACAGACUUUCCUGCUGCCAAAAAAGGGUACCUCUGGUCGAUUGUGUUACAGAUUUUACUGAUUGUUUUGACUGCUAUUAUCCAACUUCUCCUCUGGCACGAUUCAAGGAAACGGAUACCCUUGAAACACAGCGGAAACGAUAUAGAGGCAGACUCUGAGGAUAUGCUUCCUACUCUGCUAAACAAGCAGGCAAGUAAGGAUGUUAUCGGUACCUCGCGAUAUGUAGCAACUUCGGAGCAACGGGAUUGA